AUCAACAUAACAGAUAUGUAAAAAUUUUUAAAUGUCACCUUUAAGUACCUAAUAACCUCCUCAAAAACUUCACACAAAAAAUGUACAUUAUUAGUCUCUGAAUAUCGUUCAAAUGAGAGGUAUACUGCUAGUUUUCUUUGUGAUUUCUGUGUCUCUCUCAGAGGCAAUCUCGAAAAAAGAUUGGAGGAAAUUGAGGUGCGAAAUGCAGGAAAAGUGCAGUAAGGAAAUUGGAAUAGACAAAGGUGUCCUGGAUAAAUGGAAAAAAUCUAGGGUCGUACCUGAGUUGGACGAAAAGUUCUUGGAGUUUAUUUAUUGUUUAGCAGUCGAUGCUGGUUUUAUAGACAAGAAAGGGAAUUUGCAAUUUGACAGAAUAAGGAAACAUUUGAAAGACUUGGGCGUGAAGGAAGUCGUCGCCAAAAAGUCUAUUAAAAAUUGCAACAAAGUAGAAAAAUCAGAAUGUGUCCUGCUACAGACGAUUCGGUAUUAUGUGUGUUAUGGCAAAUAUUUACCGAGAGAGGUUCUUGUUUUCUGAAAGCAAUAAACACGUCUAAUUUU